UGGUGCAGCCGGGUGCUAAGGAAACUGCACAUGCGCAGUACAUUACUUCCGGCUUGCAGACCAUAAAGUUGGACUCCAGCAGACAUUCUUUAAUUCUGAAGUUAAACUAAACCUAAUAAACGGACUCUGUAAUGAGCGUUGACCCAGAAUCACCUGGUGCUCCACUGCCUGUCACUGGAAUAGUGAUCGCAGUGGUUUCCAGUUUCAUCAACGGCUCGACAUUUGUGCUGCAAAAGAAGGGAAUAUUACGGUCUCGCGACAGAGGAGGCUCGUACCUAUCAGAUGUGGUGUGGUGGAGUGGGACAGUGUCUAUGAUAGUUGGUCAAAUUGGAAAUUUCCUGGCAUACAAUGCGGCCCCUGCUGUGAUAGUGACACCACUGGGAGCCCUUGGAGUGUUAUUUGGGGCUGUGCUGGCCUCCUGGAUCUUGCAGGAGCAUUUAAACAUCCUGGGAAAGCUUGGCUGCGUGUUGUGUUGCUGUGGCUCUGUUGCACUGAUCAUCCAUGCACCUAAAGCAGAAAGUGUUACAACAAGUCUGGAACUUGAGGAGAGGCUAUCAGACCCAGUGUUUGUUGUUUACGCUCUCCUGGUGGUCCUCCUGCUGGUCAUACUCAUAGCCUGGAUUGCUCCAGCUCAUGGCACAUCAAACAUCAUGGUGUACGUCUCUAUAUGUUCCCUGUUAGGAAGCUUUACCGUCCCGAGCAGCAAAGGACUCGGCCUGGCUGCACAGGACAUCUUUGGAGAAUCGCCCUCAAGCAGCAGAGCCCUGGCUCUCUUCCUUGGCCUCCUGGGGACGCUGGCUGUCAGCAUCCUGAUUCAGUUUUUCUUCAUCAACAAAGCCCUGGAGUGUUUCAGCUCCAACAUGUUUGAGGCAGUAUACUAUGUGAUGUUCACAUCCACAGUGAUUCUGGCCUCAGGUAUUCUCUUUAAAGAGUGGACUGCUUUAACUUUGACUGACAGCCUCGCCAUGCUGUGUGGUCUGACAACAGUGUGCGUUGGGGUCGUUUUACUCCGCCUUUCCCAAGAGGCUUUGCUCACAUGGAAGAAGAAGACAGACUGAUGAGAUGUCCUUAUAUUUACAGGACUUAAAGGAAGUGGAUGUGCGUCAAGCGUGCCCUGGUGGUGAGGCUUUCAGCAG